AUGGCUGGCACCUUUGCUAAGAUAACGCUCUUAUCGAUACCCACUAGUAUACAAAAAAACGCACAGCAGAGAAAAGAGAGAAACGCAAAAAUGCAACAAAACGACGUCAUCGCCCUCAUCGUCAUCCUCCUCUUCGUCCUCCUGGCCGCUGUCGGAUUCGUCAUCUACGCAAUGCAGAACCAUGUCCUCUUCUUCUCGAGGAAGAGGGUUGGUGAUGAAGAGGAGUGA